GCGCCUUUCCGUCGGCCGGCCGGGCCUCUCUGCCCAGCAGCGCCAUCUUGAGAGGACGGGAGGUGGGUUCGUUGUCCGUCGGGCCUACUGAGGGCCGCCUGCCUGCCUCGCGGACUUGGCCCGCGGGUCGCCCACGCCUGACCGGUGCGGCCGAGGCGCCGCCGCCGCCGCCGCCGCCGCCAUGGAAGACGAGAUGCCGAAGACGCUGUAUGUGGGGAAUCUGUCAAGAGAUGUUACUGAGGCCCUAAUUCUCCAGCUGUUCAGUCAGAUUGGACCAUGCAAAAAUUGCAAAAUGAUAAUGGAUCAGACAGCUGGAAACGAUCCGUACUGUUUUGUGGAAUUCUAUGAGCAUCGUCACGCAGCCGCAGCUUUAGCGGCAAUGAAUGGGCGGAAGAUAAUGGGUAAGGAGGUCAAAGUGAACUGGGCAACAACCCCCAGCAGCCAGAAGAAAGAUACCAGCAGUAGUACCGUUGUCAACACACUGCGUUCACAAGACCACUUCCAUGUCUUUGUUGGAGACCUCAGCCCAGAAAUUACAACUGAAGAUAUAAAAGCAGCUUUUGCACCAUUUGGAAGAAUAUCGGAUGCCCGAGUUGUUAAGGACAUGGCAACAGGAAAAUCAAAAGGAUAUGGCUUUGUUUCUUUUUUCAAUAAAUGGGAUGCAGAAAAUGCAAUUCAACAAAUGGGGGGACAGUGGCUUGGUGGAAGACAAAUCAGGACUAAUUGGGCAACACGCAAACCUCCAGCUCCAAAGAGUACAUAUGAAUCAAAUGCCAAACAGCUCUCCUACGAUGAUGUUGUAAAUCAGUCCAGUCCAAGCAACUGCACUGUGUAUUGUGGUGGUGUAACUUCAGGUCUGACAGAACAGCUGAUGCGCCAGACAUUUUCUCCAUUUGGGCAGAUAAUGGAAAUUCGAGUCUUUCCAGAUAAAGGGUACUCCUUUGUACGGUUCAAUUCUCAUGAAAGUGCUGCACAUGCAAUUGUUUCAGUCAAUGGCACAACAAUAGAAGGGCAUGUGGUAAAAUGCUAUUGGGGCAAAGAAACGCCAGACAUGAUCAACCCAAUUCAACAGCAGAAUCAAGUGGGGUAUCCGCCUCCUUACGGGCAGUGGGGCCAGUGGUAUGGAAGCGCCCAGCAGAUUGGCCAGUAUAUGCCUAAUGGCUGGCAAGUCCCUGCAUAUGGGAUGUAUGGGCAGGCGUGGAACCAGGGGUUCAGUCAGACACAGUCAUCUGCAGCAUGGAUGGGUGCAAAUUAUGGUGUACCACCCCCUCCACCGCCCCCACCACCACCACCCCAGGGGCAAAAUGGAAGUGUCCUAACUAGUCAAACUGGAUAUCGGAUGGCAGGUUUUGAAACACAGUGAGAGACAGAGAAGGACUUUGGAAUAGAACACCUGUGGCUUUGAGGCUGUAUGGAGCAUUGUAAAAUCCUUUGUUUACUUAAAAAAAAUCUAUCCAAUCAAGUCAGUGCAAAAGUCAAACAGUAUUUAUUUUUAAUCAUGAAACGUUGUUGUCCACGCUUUUUUUUAAAAGACACACAGGAAAUACUAGAUGCUGGAUAUCUGCCAACUUUUGCCUUCUUUUCCUCUUUUGAGAUGUGUUUCUUAAGAUCCAUGUUUGAAACACAACUAAUGCAGGGAUUUCUGCCACUUUUAGUAUAGCGGCAGGAAAUUGCACAAUAUCAAACUUUUUUUUCCACUGAAGUAGUAUGCAGUCUAGUUUGCAUUCCUAGUAUGACUUAAAUGUACAUGAAAGAAGUUAUACGAGAGAAAAAAGACACGCCAAAACUGUGUGAAUUCUGGGGGUUUAUUGAAAUCUUCAGUUUGUGCACAAUUCUAUUUUAAAGAGAGCCUGAUGUAUAAAGUGUCCAUCUCCUUGCUUUUGUUAUACUGGGAUUUCAAAUAUAACUUAUUCGUUUACAUUAUUUUGUACCUAAACAUUUUUCGGAAAAUGGUUUUUGCCUUACUAUCACUAUUAAAUUAUGAAGUAGGAGUCAGGAUGUGGGCAAGCGCCUCGUGCUCAGAGAAUCCAGCUCUGGGGCUCGGUGUCAGGCUGUCCCUGUUCAUUGACUCAGUGACCUCCUUCACGGAUGAACAUAAGCCCAGUUCAGAUCUUACUAAAAUGUGACACGAUCUUAGGAGCCAGCUUUUUAAAACCUGUCCGUUUUUACAUUUACAUAUAUCCUUUAUCAUGUAAACUAUUUUAGCAAAUUAAUAUUUUCACAAAAGUCGCUCAGCUUUUGUAUGUCUCCUUUGAAAGAGUAAGAGACAGGAAGAACUACAUGACUUAUGGCUAUAAUUUAAGCUUUGACUUUUGCAUGUGAAUAUCUAAUACACUUUUAGACUUUGAAUAAACAGUCAUGCUCUCGUUUUUCAGAGAUAGAGAGAAUACAUUGGUCUUGGCAGCUUUUUACUGACGUGGAGCAACUCUGACUUGAUUUAGCAUGUACAGAUAGAGCUGUUAAACUAUGUAGCGUUGUGUCUUAUCAAGCCAGGAGUAAAAGGAGUGCUUCAGCUGAAGCCUGAAGGACCAACUGGAUAAAGCAUUUUUGAAUUGUUCAGAGGCCAAAUAAUAAUAAUAAAUAAUAGCGUUUUCCUACCUCCUUGGCUAGCUUUCAGAUGAUGCAGAAGGAACACUACUCUGAGUGUACUGAUUAUCUAUCCCAAUUAACAUCUGGGCACGUGGAGAUGUUUGCUUUCCAUUUUGCUUUGGUUGUAGUGCAGCAACCUUUUGAGAAGUUGCUGGUAUGCACAAUACAGCGACCAGCCACCCUCAUUUGAUGGAACAAAAGGAGCCAGAACCAAAGCAGAGGGUUGGCUGCUAGAAAAACAAAUUGUUGUCUUGUAGACAGGUCCUGGCCCUAACAUUUUAUAAAUAAAGCAUCCCCAAAAGA